AUGAACAGUAGAUUUGCUCGCCCACGCAAUGCUGUUUGGACUACAAGCUAUAACAAGUCAGCAUAUAUGGAUGUCUGCAAAGAAGAAAGUUUAGCGGGCACUAAGUUCUUUGACGAAGUUCAGAAUGCGUUUGAGGAGCUAAGCUAUUGUGAUCCAAGAAAGAGUAAUCAGAUGGCUCAAGAAAAUAAUCAUAUACCACCCAUGCAUAAAGAUAUAAAUCGAAAUAUGACACUUGAUUGCGUUUCAAAUCAUUCAAAUUAUCUGAAAACAGAGAUAAUCGAAGAUUCGUUUGCUGAUCAGUUUUCAAGCAAUUUUAAUUUUGCUGCUGAUGAACUCACUUCAUCAACCCCAAAGUUCACGCCAACCAAUGAAUUGAAUAUUCCUACUGUUCCAGAGACUCAACAAAUGGACAAAUAUCGCGAUCUUAUACUGCGUCAUUUGAUAAAAGAUAUUAUCAGCACAUGCGAAAAACUACAGUUGCCCAUAAAUCCAUCUAUGUGGAGUGCGGAACAGGUUUCAAAAUGGGUACGAGAGAUGUGCCAACAGUUCAAUCUUCCCAUUCCUGAGAAAAGGUUGUUCCUAUCAGGAGCAGCGUUUUUGAAAAUGACUCCGGAAAACUUUCUCACAUUCGCUGCUGAAAGCGGAGACACUCUUUACGCACAGCUACAGUUAUGGAAAACUGCUUUCGAUUCUUACCGUCGCAUCCAGCUAGCAACUGAAGAAAGUACUUGUCCGAAUGUAGAUGUUGUUCAAACACCAUGGAUCAACUUCCCUGGAACGGAAGGAUCAUAUGGUUACUCACAAAAUUCCUCAUUCAUUGAUUCGAACUCGUCUCCUGUAAACGAGAGACAAAGAUUUUACAGUACUGAAAUGCCAUCUCCAACAAGCAGUGAAAUCAGUAGCUCACCAAGUGUGACAGGAAAUGGUGAAGAAGACAGUGUCGAUAUAAGACUGUUCAAUCUUCAACAACCUUUACCAAAUGGCUUCGGUGAUGUGCGAGUUGAUGCGAACAUGAACAGUGAGAAAGCUAACAGCUUCUCAAGACAUGGAGGCACUAUUCACUUAUGGCAUUUCAUUCGUGAACUUCUGGAUCAUCCGAAACAGUAUGGAUCAUGUGUUCGUUGGGUGGACAGAGAGCAAGGAACGUUCAAAAUAGAAUCAUCUCAUCAUCUGGCUCGCUUUUGGGGUCAAAGAAAAAACCGUAGUCAAAUGAACUAUGAUAAGCUUUCAAGGAGUCUAAGACAAUACUAUAAAAAAGGUAUUAUUCAAAAGCCAGAAAAGAAACAACGCUUAGUUUAUAAAUUUCUGCCUCCAUAUCAUCUUUGA